AUGGAAAAUUCAUCUUUCAUUCUCCACCUCGUACUACUAAUCCUAUAUUUUCUUCCAUUUUCUCGAUUUCAAUUUCGGCUUCGAUUUGUUUCUGCUGACAUAAACAAUCACGAGUUGAUAUUCAAUCAAUGUCCGAAUCGGACAUCUCCCUCUGCAAAUCCCUUGCAUUCUCGACUACUUCCCGGGUUGUUUCAAGAAUUUGUCGCUAGGUCGUCCGAAGCCCACUUCUUCAAAACCAUAGUUGGCGAUGAUGAAUUAGCCGUUUCCGGAACCUUUCAAUGUAAGAAUGAUUUGAGCCCCGACGAGUGCCGGAGGUGCGUGAGAAAAAUCGAGAGUUUGUCCGAAGAUUUGUGUGCUCGAACAUUACCGGCAAGAAUCCACCUCUCGGGUUGCUACGUACAUUAUCAGGUCGACAGUGGCGACAAUUAUGAUCCGGUUCAACUUCUCCACAAAACUUGCGGCGAACGUGUAGUGAACAAGUAUAGAUUUGAUGCGAUGAAAUAUAAAGCGCUCGUCGCCUUGGAAAGUUGUGUUAUUAGCGGAAAUGGUUUUUGCGACAUGAAUUACGAAUCCCUCAAUGUGGUCGCGCAAUGUGCCGGGAACUUACAAAGAGUGUGCGAUUGUAGCGGAUGCGUAAGCGACGCCGUGCAAAUUGCCGUCGACGAGUGCCUUCACUCGGAUUCGGCCGAGGUUUAUUUGAAUAGUUGUUUCGUCACGUUUCAUUACUAUAAACAUCGGGGCUCCUUGCUCCAAGGUAAAAAUUCAACUAAAGUGGUAGCCAUUGUUGUUGGGGCUUUAGCUGCUGUUAUAGUUUUAUCAUCUUUAUGCUAUUGCCUAAGGUCAUGUAAUAAGGAACAAAAAUAAAUAAUUAUA